ACUAGACAUAAUUAUCCAAAGAGUAUCCAAAGCUGUCUUUUUUAUUACUAGCUCUCUCGAUCACAUAAACUCUGUUUCUAUUUUAAAAAAGAUCCUGAGCAGAUAUUGCAGGGUUUGUUCGUUUGGUCGAAAACUAUGAAGAAAGUUUGUUUCUUUGUGAUCCUUGUCUGCUUAAACGCAGCGUCGUUUCUAGUGGCUGCUGAUCCACAAACGUGUCCUGCGGAUUUGGGAGGGAAGUGCAGUGAUUCUGAUGAUUGGCAAGGAGAGUUCUUCCCUGAGAUCCCUCAGAUUAAGUAUGAGGGACCUUCUAGCAAGAACCCACUUGCUUACAGGUGGUAUAACGCUGAAGAGGAGAUUCUUGGCAAAAAAAUGAAGGAUUGGUUUAGAUUCAGUGUUGCGUUUUGGCAUACGUUCCGUGGGACUGGAGGUGACCCAUUUGGUGCUGCUACAAAGUAUUGGCCCUGGGAAGAUGGUACUAACUCUGUCUCUAUGGCCAAGAGAAGAAUGAGAGCCAACUUUGAGUUUUUGAAGAAACUUGGAGUUGAUUGGUGGUGUUUCCAUGACAGAGACAUUGCCCCUGAUGGCAACACACUUGAGGAAUCUAACAAAAAUUUGGAUGAAGUUAUUGAACUCGCCAAAGAACUCCAAAAGGGAAGCAAGAUCAGACCAUUAUGGGGAACAGCUCAGCUUUUCUUGCAUCCUCGUUACAUGCAUGGAGGAGCAACCAGCUCUGAGGUUGGAGUCUAUGCUUACGCCGCUGCUCAGGUGAAGAAGGCCAUGGAGGUGACACAUUACCUGGGAGGUGAAAACUAUGUUUUCUGGGGCGGUCGUGAAGGUUACCAGACGCUCUUGAACACUGAUAUGGAAAGAGAGCUUGAUCAUAUGGCCAGGUUCUUUGAAGCUGCUGUUACUUACAAGAAGAAGAUUGGAUUCAACGGAACGCUUUUAAUCGAGCCGAAGCCUCAAGAACCAACCAAGCACCAGUAUGACUGGGAUGCUGCAACAGCUGCCAACUUCCUGAGGAAAUACGGACUUAUCAACGAGUUUAAACUCAACAUUGAGUGUAACCACGCAACGCUUUCUGGUCACACCUGCCAUCACGAGCUUGAAACUGCAAGAAUUAACGGUUUGCUUGGUAACAUUGAUGCAAACACUGGCGAUGCUCAAACUGGAUGGGAUACAGAUCAGUUUCUUACAGAUGUUGGAGAAGCAACCAUGGUUAUGAUGAGUGUCAUCAAAAACGGUGGGAUUGCUCCAGGAGGCUUCAACUUCGACGCCAAACUGCGAAGAGAGAGUACAGAUGUUGAAGACUUGUUCAUUGCUCAUAUUAGUGGAAUGGACACAGUCGCUCGUGGGCUGAGAAAUGCAGCCAAGAUCUUGGAGGAUGGACGUCUAAGUGAAUUGGUAGGAAAGAGAUACUCAAGCUGGAACUCUGAACUUGGGAAGCAAAUAGAAGAAGGCAAAGCUGAUUUUGAGUAUCUUGAGAAGAAGGCUAAAGAGUUUGGAGAACCAAAGGUUCCUUCUGCUAAACAGGAACUCGCUGAGAUGAUCUUCCAGUCGGCGAUGUAAUUGUGGUUGAAGUAGAAACUUUCUCUCUUGUCUUGGAGAAGUUUGAAAAAUAAAGGACUAAAACGAUGAUUAGAGAUGUUGGUUUUAAUUAGUUUCAGCUUAUGUUAUGCUUUCACACUCCUACCGUCCUACGUCUUGCCUCAAAUAGUCAAAUUGAAUAAGAAAAACUAUUUGGGCCUUA